AUGUUGAUACGCCAUUUGAGAUUGCAAGGCAUUGUGCCCUACGCCAAAGCUGAGAUUCUGCAGCAAGAUCUGGUCAAANAGUUCCUAGCUCACAAGGCAUCGCUUGCAACAAUCCCUGCUCCAAUUCCAACCAUCAUCACUGCCCAAUUCUCUCCUGUCUAUACCUGCGGUCGACGUGAAGUCGGCACUGUCUCCGCAGAACAACAAACAUAUCUGAAGGACAAUGGCAAUGCUGAAUUCUACGAAGCCCUUCGUGGUGGCCAAACAACUUUUCACGGUCCUGGUCAGCUUGUUGCAUAUCCCAUCAUCGACCUGAAGAGACACAACCUAUCGCCAAGAAACUACGUCUGUCUUUUGGAANAGACUCUCAUCAAAACUUGCGCUCGCUACGGUAUCAACGCCAUGACCACUGAGAAUCCUGGAGUUUGGACCACCCCAGAUGACAAGAUAUCCGCCUUGGGUGUCCACUUGCGCAGAAACAUCACCAGCCAUGGCAUCGGCCUCAACAUCAACACCGAUCUCAAAUGGUUCAGACGUAUCGUCGCUUGUGGCCUUGAGGGCAAGCGGACUACAAGUUUCGAAAAUGAAGGUGUCCAUGGCCAAUCUGUUGACCAAGUCGCCGAUGUCUUUGUCAACCAACUCGCUGAAUCCCUUCAUGACAUCGACGGCAUCGAAGAAGAACUCGUUGCUUAG